AUGGGACCGUUGACGGCAAUCGCCGUCACCGACAGUGAUGCAGAAGCAAUCGACCCUGGCCUGGUCAAAUCUGACUAUGUCGAACCCGAACAUCCGCAAAAUUGGAGGAUGGCCAAGAAAAUUCGAACUAUCAUCAUCCUUGGGCUUAUGAACAUCUUGGGUACCGCAGCCAGCAGCAUUUUGAGCCCGGGACAGAAGGAGGUUAUGCAAGAGUUCAAUAUCAAGCAAGAAGUGGCCAUACUGAUGACCACACUAUUCUUAGUCGGCUAUAUCUUCGGCUUCAUCACAUUCGGCCCGCUUUCGGAAAAGUUUGGACGCAAAUGGCCGCUGAUCAUCGGAGUCGCUAUCUCCUCGCUCUUCGAAUUGAUGCCUGCCUUGGGCACGAACAUCACAACCAUCCUGCUUGGGCGCUUUUUCGCGGGGUUGUUCGGAAUCUCGCCUGUCGCGGUGAUGGGGGGCGUGGUCAGCGACUGCUUCGCCACGGAACAGCGCGGAACCGCGAUGGCCAUUGCAGUGGCGCUGAUGUUCUCCGGGCCAACCUUCGGUCCCGUGUUUGGCGGCUUCAUUGUCGCCUCGUCACUACACUGGCGGUGGACGAUGUGGGUGACGAUCAUCUGCGGCCUAGGUCUGUCGCUCAUCGCGGUUGUGCUCUUCCCCGAGACCUACCCCCCGAUCGUCCUUCGAGAUAAAGCGGCAGUCGAGCCGGAGAAGGGAGACAUCACUAGUCUCAAGCCAGCUUCUGAAAAGGAUAGUCUUGAUCUCGCGCAGGUCGCGAGGCUCUAUCUCGUGCGUCCAUUCUGGCUCAUCUCGACACAACCCAUCCUCUUCCUCUUAACACUAUACCAAUCCUUUCUCUACGGCAUCCUCUACCUCUUCUACCAAUCCUAUCCAUACUCCUUCGGCGAGCUCCGCGGCUGGCAAACCGGUCUCAACACCUUACCUCUCCUCGGAAUCAUCGUGGGCGUCAUCCUCGGCGCAGUGGGCAUGAUCCUCUACAACCACCUCUACUUCCGCCACCACUGCCACGACGCCGAUGGAUUAUUCGAUCCCGAAUCCCGCCUCCCGCCCAUGAUCCUCGGCGGACUUCUGAUCCCGAUCGGCAUCUUCUGGUACGCCUGGACAGCCAACCCCUCAAUCUACUGGGCGAGCUCCGUCUGCGCGAACCUGUUGAUCGGGUGCGGCAUGUACCUGCUCUUCAUCCAGGGCUUCAGCUACAUUGUGGACUGCUACACAGCCAUGGCGAACAGCGCCCUGGGCAUCAACGGCUCAAUGCGCAGUAUCUUCGGUGCCUCGUUCCCGCUGUUCGCGAGCCAGAUGUUUCACGGUUUGGGUGUCGCGUAUGCGACAACUAUCUUGGGGGCGGUCUGUGUUGCGCUAGUGCCGGUGCCGGUAUGCUUCUGGUACUGGGGGCGCAGGAUCAGGAUGUGGUCUGCGGGGAAGGUUAUGGCUGGUUAG